CCGACCUUCUCUCCACAUCCUCGCAUCCCCACACAGCAGCACACGCUCACUCACACACUCCGCCCGCUGCUCGCAUCCUCUCUGUCUCCGCCAUGUCUGGCCUCAUGUACGGCGCCGGCAGCUCCGGCUCCGGCGCAGGUGCCGGCCCCUCGGCCGCCGCCGACAAGCCCGAGCUCGGCCUGGACCAGGCGGGCGAGACGAGCUUCUGCUCGUUCUUCCGCGCGAUGCCGGCUGCUGCGGAGGGCACGGUGCGCCUCUUCGAUCGCGGCGACUUCUACUCUGCGCACGGCGCAGACGCUACUCUCGUUGCGGCGCAGGUGUUCCGCACGCACUCCGUCCUGCGCUACCUGGGCGCCGGCGGCAAGGCCAGCGGGCUGCCCUCGGUCACACUGGGUCGCGCUGCAGCCCGCGACUUUCUGCGCGACGCUCUCACUGCGCGACAGCUGAGAAUCGAGAUCUACGCCGGAGGCGGGAAGCGCAGCAACGUGUGGAAUCUUGUCAAGCAGGCCUCCCCUGGUAACCUGCAGCAGGUGGAGGACCUGCUGUUCUCGCAGAGCGACCUGCUCGCCUCUCCCAUUGUGCUGUCGCUGCGCCUCUCGAUGAUCGACGACGUGCGCACUGUUGGCGCAGCCUUUGCCGAUGCCAGUGCCCGCGAGCUCGGCGUGGCACAAUUCGCAGACAAUGACCUCUUCUCAAACGUCGAGAGCCUGGUCAUCCAGCUCGGUGUCAAGGAAUGCCUGCUGCCAGCCGACGACAAGAAUGCCGACUACGACCUGGCUCGUCUGCGUGCUGUGCUCGACCGCUGCGGCUGCGUGCUGACUGAGCGCAAGAAGGGCGAGUUUGUCGGCAAGAACAUCGAGCAGGACCUGUCGCGCCUCUUGGCAGACACGUCCGCUGGCUCUGCGCAGCCCGAAUUCGCCCUCAAGUCCGCCAUGGGCGCAUGCGCGGCCCUCCUUUCCUAUCUCAACCUGCUCGGCGAGGCGCACAACUUUGGCCAGUUCACGAUGCGCACGCACGACCUCUCGCAGUACCUGCGCCUGGAUGCGAGCGCUCUGCGCGCGCUGUCCAUCUUCCCUGAGCCCGGCGCGACGGGCGGCAACAAAAGCAUGUGCGUCUACGGGCUGCUCAACCGCUGCAAGACUGCGCAGGGCCAGCGCAUGCUGGCGCAGUGGCUCAAGCAGCCGCUCGUCAACGUCAUCGAGAUCCGCAAGCGCCACACCCUUGUCGAGACGUUCGUCGAGGACUCUGGCACGCGCCAGUCACUGCAGCAGGACCAGCUGCGCAUGAUGCCCGACUUCCACCGCAUCAGCAAGCGCUUCCAGAAGAGCGUCGCCACGCUCGAGGACGUCGUGCGCGUCUAUCAGGCCGUGCUGCGUCUGCCGCAGCUGCUGGAGCUCCUGGCAGAGACGCAGACUAGCUCCACCGAGGCCUCUGCGCUGCUGCAGAGCGCGUUUGUGGAGCCCCUGAAGGAGGCAGACGUCGACCUCGGCAAGCUGCUCGAGAUGGUCGAGGCGACGCUCGAUCUCGACGAGCUGCAGCAUCACAACUUCGUCAUCAAGGCCGACUACGACGACAAGCUGCGGCGCAUCAAGACGAGUCUCGACGCAGUGCGCGACAACCUCGACGACGAGCACCGCCGCGUGGGCAAGCAGCUCAACAUCGACAUCACCAAGCGGCUGCACCUCGAGAACCACUCGUCGUACGGCUACUGCUUCCGCGUCACCCGUACGGACGCAAAGGUGCUCUCAAACGACAAGAAGUCGUACAGAGAGAUCGCGACGACAAAGAACGGCGUGCACUUCACCACCACGGCGCUCAAGGAGCUCGGAGAGGACUUCCGCACGCUGACCGAGCAGUACACGGCCCAGCAAGCCGGCCUGGUCAAGGACGUCAUCGGCAUUGCAGCUUCGUACUGCCCGCCGCUGGAGCAGCUCAACGUCAUCCUCGCGACGCUUGAUGUCAUCAUCAGCUUUGCGCACGUCUCUGCGUGCGCCCCGGUGCCCUACACUCGGCCCACGCUGCACGAGAAGGGCAAGGCGGCUCCUCUGCGCGUGACGGAGGCGCGCCAUGCAUGUCUCGAGGUGCAGGACGAUAUUGCCUUCAUCCCGAACGACGUCGAGAUGGACCCGGCGUCGUCGGAAUUCCUCAUCAUCACUGGGCCGAACAUGGGCGGCAAGAGCACGUUCAUCCGCCAGGUGGGACUGCUCGCCUUGCUUGCGCAGGUCGGCUGCUUUGUGCCCGCUGCCGAAGGCGCCGAACUGCCAGUGUUCGACUGUAUCCUGGCGCGUGUCGGAGCCGGCGAUAGUCAGCUUAAGGGUGUCAGCACAUUCAUGAGCGAGAUGCUCGAGACGGCGACGAUCCUGAAGACCGCGACGAAGGACUCGCUGAUCAUCAUCGACGAGCUGGGUCGCGGCACCUCGACGUACGACGGCUUCGGCCUGGCAUGGGCCAUCUCGGAGUGGAUCGCGACCGAGAUCCGAUGCAAGACGCUCUUCGCGUCGCACUUCGCCGAGAUCACGAAUCUCGCCGCGCAGCAGGAGCACGUCAAGAACCUGCACGUCGUGGCGCACGUCUCGGAGCGGGCGGGCGACAAGGGCAAGGUCGCGGCGGCGAUGGGACAGCAGGACAUCACGCUGCUCUACAAGGUCGAGCCUGGCAUCGGCGACCGCUCGUACGGCAUCCACGUCGCCGAGCUGGCCGGCUUCCCGGAGUCAGUCACUCGUCUGGCAAAGCGCAAGGCGGAAGAGCUCGAGGACUUUGAAGACGAGGAUGGCGCUUCGCCGCUGCAGAUGCCGCGCGACGUGACGGAGAAGGGCACCGCCCUGGUCGAGGAGUUCCUGCGCACCUGGGCCGCUCGCUCGGCGGCGCUGGGCGCGCAGGCACGCGACGGCAUGGACGUCGAUGGCGAACCGCGGCGCAAGGUGUCGCCGCAGGAGGAGAUGGACGAGCUGCGGCGCACCGUCGACGAGUUCCGCCCGCGCUGCGAGAACGACCCCUGGGUGCGCGCCGUGCUCGAGAGCUUCUAGGCGGGCGCGGUGAUGAGGUGACAUUGCUAUGAGAUGUUGUUACAGAUGCUGCU